GAGGUGUUUUUGGGCCUAGUCCAUGGUACCCAUAUGGGAAUUGAGCAUAAGCACGUAGGGCAUUUUGGCCCUAAACCAAACGCAUCCCAAGAUCCCCGGCCGCUAUCUUCAGCCGACCAGCGCCACUGCGCGGCGCAACGGCGGCGAGGUCGCUGUUCGUCGGAAUAAGCAUGUAGACGAUGGCGGGGAUUGCUGUUGCCAAUGGGGCAGAAGGUGGGGGCUACCUUCUUCCAGGUAGAUGCAGCGCAGGCCCCUCGCCGGUCGCCGCACCUGCGGCUGGCAACCUCCCCAACCUAGAAAUUGGGAGAAUGAACGGCAGAAUACUAUUGGGAAAAGACACAGGAGCUUUGACAAGAGGCUAUGUGAAAAAACUCAAGAUUGCUGUGCCUGAGAAACCGGGUUUUAAAGCUUUUGUGAAUGCAACCGCUCAUGAAGUCAGUGGUUAUUGCAUUGAUAUCUUUGAGGCUGCUGCGAAGUAUCUACCACAUGCUCUUCAUUAUGAGUUUGUCGUUGUUGAUGGUUCUUCUUAUGACCAAAUAGUACGCAAUGUGUCUUUGGGGAUCUACGAUGCAGUAGUGGGUGACAUAACUAUAACCCCUGAGCGAGCUGUUGACGUGGAGUUCACGAUGCCAUUCACUGAGUCGGGUGUGUCACUGCUUGUGCUCAACAAGAAUGACUCCGAGCCAACAAUUGAAUGGGUGUUCUUAAAGGCACUAACGAUGGAACUUUGGUUAGCACUCGUGGGUGGCUUCUUCUUCACUGGACUAGUUGUGUGGAUUAUCGAAUGGCCCAGAAACCCGGAGUACCAAGGAUCAAGUUUGAGACAGUGCAGCACUGCUCUCUACUUUUCUUUCUCGACUUUGACAUUCUCUCAUGGUCAAAUUAUCAGAAGCCCCUUGUCAAAAAUCGUUGUGGUGAUAUGGUGCUUUGUUGUGCUAGUUAUAGUGCAGAGCUACACAGCUAGCUUAUCAUCCAUUCUCACUGCAAAGAGGCUCCGGCCCUACGUGACAGAUCUUGACCAACUUCGGUCAAAUGGUGAUUAUAUUGGUUACCAAUCUGGAUCAUUUGUACAUUCUGUCUUGAAAAACCAAGGCUUCAAUGUAAAUAGGUUAAUUGCUUAUAAGAAUAAAGUGGAAUAUGCUAAAGCUUUGAGGAAGGGGUCAAAAAAUGGAGGUGUCUCGGCUAUCGUGGAUGAGAUCCCCUAUAUAACCUGGUUUCUCUCUGACCCUAAAUACCACAAUGAAUUCCAGAUGGUUAGUUCCAUAUACAAGACACCUGGGCUUGGUUUCGUGUUUCCUCAAGAGUCUCCGUUGGUGCAUAAUCUUUCGGCUGCCAUCCUGGAACUGACAUUUGGGGCUGAGGGUAGACAAAUUGAAGCGAAAUGGUUAGGCACAGCGACACCACUGCCGAGCUAUGGCAUCCCCAACACAGACGUGACACCCAUCACCUUGCGAAAUUUCUCUGGUCUCUUCAUCAUCACUGUAUGUAUGUCAGCUCUCAUGCUAUUGAUAAGCAUUGCCAAGUCAGUUCAUGCCAAAUACACCAAAGUGAGCGAUUCUGAUAUGCAGAGUGCUGAUGGAGAUGGUGGAAGUGAAGGCCACGGAGGAUCUGGUCCACUGCAGAACAGCAUGGGCGAUGGGUCUAUGGCUGAGCAACCCAACCAUGAAGCCAGAAAUGAGGAUCCUCCGGGUGUUAAUGGGAUCGGAGAAAGUCCUGGUGAUGUAGAGCCCAAUGGCUCUCUGCCCGAGCAUGCCAUCUUAAUCGAGAUGAACACCCGAUGAGAUGCCGACAACUGUUCUGCAUAGCGCUGUGACAUCCUCAGCUUUUGCUAUAGUAAUGUAUGUAAUUAAGCUAUAGUGAUCCCAUGCUAAUGAUGCUACGUCAUUGUAAUUUCAA